CUUUGCGAUGUUCAAUCGGAUUCUUUCUGAAGUGCAUUCCGCUGUCGUAUUUUUCCCACGAACGUUGAUGUUUUCGGGCAAAAGAUUUAACCACAUUCCCGUAAUGGAGCGAGAAAUCGUUGAUUUUUUGAGCCCCAAACCGAAUGAGGUUUUGCUGGAUAUGACUUUCGGGGCCGGUGGCCACACCCGUGCACUCCUGGAGACCACACCGAGUCUUAAAUGUUAUUGCUUGGAUCGAGACCAGGAAUUCCUAUCGCACUUUGAGCAACUAAAAAACACACUCGGCAGCACGACUCAGACGUUUGUAGCCCUCUUGGGCAAAUUCAGUGAUCUACCACGACUGUGUCAACAGCAUGGUCUGGGUGCCGGCACAGUUGAUAUGAUUGUCAUGGAUCUGGGGGUUAGUUCUAUGCAGCUGGACAACCCGGAGCGUGGCUUCGCUUUCAAAACCGAAUGCUCACUUGAUAUGCGAAUGGAUGGGCCCGCUCAGUCUAAUCAACACGAAUUUACGGAUAACCAGUCAGUUGUAACACCCUUUCGGUGCCUUGCUGCCAUGCCACGCGAAGGAAGCACGAGGGCUGGGAUGCUGCCAGGUUGCCCAAGCUUAGACAGGGGAAGUCGAGAGGCGGAGGUCGGACCCGAACCACAGACCUUCCGGUCAGUAAAUUCUCGCUCUACCCACCCGAGCCAUCUCGCUCCCGUACGAAUUUACAGACCAAGUACUGUGCACAUAUUCCACCUUAAGGAAAUUGGCCUUCUGUCCCUGACAAAUACAACUGUAUCGAAUGGGUCUACACCAACUGCGGCGGAUGUUCUAAACAACCUUAGUGCUGCUGAUUUGGCACAGAUUUUCCGCCUUUAUGGUGAGGAACGUUACUCACGACGAAUAGCCAAUGCGAUCACUGACCAUCGUCACACUCUUGGACCGAUACGAACUACGAAGCAGCUUGCAGACAUAGUCUGUUCAGUGGUGCCUUCACGGUCGACUAACGCACAACCUGGCUCAUCAACGCAUCCCGCUACUCGUGUAUUCCAAGCCCUUCGAAUUUUCGUCAACGACGAACUGAACGAAUUGUGUGUUGGUCUAGAGCUCGCCGAGAAAUUACUCAAACCUGCCACUCCCUGUCCCGGUGGACGUGCGGGUCGCCUGGCUGUGAUCUCGUUCCACUCGCUCGAGGAUCGAAUAGUGAAGUGGGCGUUCUCAGUUCCCACCACCAAGACCGACGUCGGAUUGGCCGUUGCGCUAGCCAAUCGUACAACUGCUAGCAUGACUGGUAUCCACAGGAGACAGGCUCUACUGCGUCAACUAGAUCCCGCAGCCUCGGAGUCGCUGUCUGUCAGGUCCCCCAGAUGGGCAUACACAACCGAACUGAGUAUGCCGACAGAGGAGGAAAUUUCGCGAAACCAACGAGCACGUUCAGCCAAACUUCGAGGAGCAGUGAAAGCAUGAGGCUGUGCGAUUUUCCGGACACCACCAAGAGUCUUUUGGAGAGCAUUUGGUUAACGAAGCGGGACAAAUUUGCGUCCAGCUCUCGAAACAUGCAUUUACGGAGACAGUGUACAUCCCCUUGCGAACCUGCGACAUGCAUUUACGGAGACAGUGUACAUACCCUUUGCGAAACUGCGUCCGAGACGUAUCGAUGACCUCUUUUGACUUUGUACACAAAACUGAGGUGGUCAUUACAAGCAUGCACACCAUUUGGGACUUCCUUCAUUUUUCCACAAAAAUUUAAGCAACCCACGUGAAAACCACGGUUACAUCAAAAAGCCUAUAUGGGGCAAAAAGUAGGUGGCUAUAUUUACAGUUGAUUUUAUCCAUAGAGUUAGUAUUCGUGAAUGAAAGACCUGAGCACUCGUAGGAGCCGUUUGUCUGAAAUGAACGAGCCUAAAUCGUCCCGAGUAAUCCAUGCAAAGUCAGUCACUCCGGGUAUGGAUAUGAUCUGUUCUCCAUGCCAUGUGCGAUCGACGAAGGCAUUGAAAAAGUACAUCUGGAAGGGGAUAACGGUAUGUGAUGGUUAGGUCAGUGGACAAUUAUGACACACUAAGUAUCCACCAUCUGUUAGAAUACGAAGUACGCACCCAAAUUUACUUUUGAGGAUGUUAAAUCGACGAAUUCGGGAGGCUGCAGGUUCACUGUGGUGCAAACGACACAGUUUGUCGGUAGUAUUUUUCUGAAGGUAACAAUAUUAGGGCGGGACGCCUAACAAAAAAAGUAGCAGGCACUAAUUCGUGAACUUGUAUGAGGGCUAUAUUAAGCCUAGGGACAUUUUUCAGCACCCGACAGAUCUUGUGUUAGGACAUCAAUCCGGUUGUGUUUAUGUGAUCCCAAAUGACCACAAGUCUAGAUGUGCACAGCACGGCCGCGUUGAAAAUGGUAUGUAAUGGAACCUAGUGACGUUUUUCUAGCAUUGUUCUAACCGGAGCCAGUGCUCCACAAGGUACUAAUCUUUCUAAACU